AUGGAGACGCCGCCAAGCUUGCUGCAGCUGCCCGACCCCGGGGCGCUUAGCGCCGCGCAGCUGGAGCAGCUGCGAAAAUUCAAGAUUCAGACUCGGAUUGCUAACGAAAAGUACCUAAGGACCCACAAAGAAGUAGAGUGGCUCAUAAGUGGUUUCUUCAGAGAAAUAUUUUUGAAAAGACCAGACAACAUCCUAGAAUUUGCUGCAGACUACUUCACGGAUCCAAGACUUCCCAGCAAGAUUCACAUGCAGCUAAUUAAAGACAAGAAAGUGGCUUAAUUAGCAAAAUCAUG